AUGGAAACAAAAGGCAAGAAGAUUCUCAUGAAGAAGCAAUUUACUCAUAUUUUGAUGCUAGAAUCAGAUGGUCCAUUUGAAUCUCCAUCGUUGGGUCAAGUCUUAGCUAUGAUGAAUGAAAUGGGGGUUCCUACACCCAAGAAGACUAAGUCUAAGUUAAAGGGAAGUGUGUUGAUCCAAGAAGCCUCUAGUAAUAUAUUGAAGAGGAUGGCUAGUAAGAAUCAAGUCACUAAGCUUCUUAAGAAAAAGAAGAAUACUUUCGAAGUUAUUGUUCUUGGUUCUCCUAAUACAGAAGAUACUGAUAUGUCGAAGGCACAAUCUUCAUAUUAUAGUCAUGAUGCAAAUGCAGAUGAUGUAGAUUAUUUGAUCAAUGAUGUACUUCAUCACGAUACACAACCUAUUUCACCAUAA